AUGGCUUCUCAAAGACCACCUAUCGACCGCAGAAGCUUUCGAGUAGCCAUUGUAUGCGCUCUACCCCUCGAGGCCGACGCCGUCAGCCUGCUGUUCGAUCACUUUUGGGACAGGGAGCGCGGUCCCUAUGGUCGAGCUGAUGGCGACACGAAUCGCUAUAUCACUGGACGGAUCGGGGGGCACGACGUUGUUCUGGCUGUUCUUCCGAACAUUGGCACCAACAGCGCAGCGGCUGCAACUGCCAGCUUACGAUCUAGCUACACUGGUCUACACCUCGCUCUCGUCGGCAUCUGUGGUGGUGUACCCCGCAUCGCCAAUUUUGAUGCAUGUCUUGGCGACGUUGUAGUCAGUAAAGCUAUCGUCCAAUACGACUACGGCAGGCGAUACCCCGGGCAUUUUUCCGAGAAGAAUACUAUUGAAGACAGUCUUGGAAGAGCUAACGACUCUCCUUGCAGUAUUCGAAACGGAGUUUGUGAGAAGGACCAUUCUCGACUAGCAUCGGAGCACGCACUUGCAAGUGCAUACCUCGAUGACCGACGAAUCAAGGAUGCAAUUGAGAUGUUCGAGCAUGUGGUGGCCUUUCGGAAAUAG